GGGCUGCGGUCCUGGGCCGCCAAGGGCUCGUGGGGCAUCUGCAAGGAGUGCCAUGUCUUGCAGCCGCGGCCCAUGCACGAGAUCGAUAUGUUCCUCGACGCCAGCGAGGAGAUCUCGAAGAGCGCCUGUCGCCGCUGCAACGCCUCUCGCGAGAUGUACGUCCCGCUGCCCGAUGACGUACCAGGGCCACUCCGCGGCCUGUCAGAGGAGAUCGUCGAAGCCCUCCGGCCCAUUGAGAACGACGUCGGCCCCGAGACGCGCUCCACCGACACGUUCGGCCGCCCGAACGGCUACCGCAAGAAGGUGAAGAUGAUCACGUUCUAUUUCUCGAAGUGGCACGUCAAGGACAAGAUCAAGGAGCUGGGCGAUGACGCGUGGCGGACGGCGAAGAAGGCUUACAAGUACCUGCUGUCUUGCGAAGAGUCCUCGUGCAAGCGGUUCCACGACAUGCACGAGAAGUUCCUCCGCAAGCAGGGCGAGGACGCUACCGACAGGAAGCGCAAGCGCCCAUAUCAUUUCCUGCAGGAGGUCGGGCUGGAGUGCGCUCUCUGGCCAAACCUGUACUGGUGCACCGAGAUGACGGAGACACACGAGCAGUGGUCCGACGCGAGGCGCGAGGAGAGGCGCGACGCCCAGGAGGCCAAGAAGAAGAAGGCAGAGUACGGCUACGACUCGGACGCCGAGGAGGACGAGGGCGGCGACGGCGGUGGCCAGCGCACCAGCGUCAAGCGGUCGUUCAUGACCAAGUGCCUCUCGCCGGUGCUUGGGUACGGAUCCAACUUCGAGCUGCUCCAGUUCGUGUACGACCUGAACCUCUGGGCGACCCUCGGUGCGAAAAAGAACCUGGGGCUCGACAACGUGCCGAUGCGGAUGCUCAUGAAGGGUGGGCUUCCCGAAGCUGUUCUUCACAUUGCGCCGUGGGAGCCGUGCUUCAAGUACCACGACUGGCUGCGCGAUGAAAUGGAGAAGACACUGCGAACCCGCAUGUACCUCCCCGUGGGCGAGACGCUGCACAUGUCGCACGUGCUCAUGCAGAUCGUCCGAGGCAUGCUGGUUCGCGUCCAGACUUUCACGCGGCUGGAGUUCCAGGACGGCAGCCGCAAGGAGGGCACGAAGCGCUACGACGGCUCCGGCAGGCCGCACCUGCACGUCCUCUUCUUCGCGGACGACGACGCCAUGGCGAACAUGGGGUUGGAGCAUCACAUCUUUGCGACCAAGCCCGACGGCAUCUCGGACGACCUGAAGGGCUAUGUGGACGGAUCGCAGCUCAACAAGCACGGCGACGCAGAGAGCAAGUGGCCGAUCUACCACGGCCCGUCGGGGGUGCACGGCGACGAUGGACUGGCAGACCAGCGACGGGAGGCCAUGCUCCUGCAAUACGUUUCCAAGUAUGUAGCGAAGUUCUCGGACAGCAGCUACGACGAGUGGAUGAGCGACAAGGCCUCCGCGGACAGCGUGGCCAGGCGCGUCUGCUUCGAGUACCACCCCUACGAGCCAGAGAUGAUCCUGCAGCUGUGUGGAGCGCAAUUCAGACAGUACGACAUCUCUACGGACAGCGGCGGCUUCCGCACCGUGACGGCGCCUUACUCGGGCAUGGCGGAUGUGCCCGACUGGGUCCAGAGGUAUGUUGACUGCUCGUGGCGCCACGAGGGCAUGACGCUCUUGGAGUGGCUUCGGAAGACUACUGACGACGGCGCCAUCGCUGGAUGGCUGAAGCGCAAGCACAAGCAGGAGCUGGUGCUGGCCCUGUACAGGCGGUACCGCGCGACCGUGCACGAGGGCGAGGAGCCCCAGGCGCUCGACGCUCACUGGCGCUUCCUGCGCGCUGAGUACAAAGGCAUGACCGAUGCUGAUGGCGGAGGUAGCGGGAACAGUGACGAAGACUCCGACGCCGAAGACGAGGAGCAGCCGAAGACCUUCGAGGAGUUCCUCGCGUAG